AUGUGCUGCUACUGUGGUUUUGGGGGAUCCAAACAGCCGCUGGAUGCGACCGACUGGUGCUGCCAUGCCCACGACUGCUGCUACGCGAAGUUGUCUUCCUCUCACUGCGAUCCCAUACUGGCCACGUACAAUUACUUCACCCAGGGAAGGCAGAUAAUCUGCGGAUCUGGGAACUGGUGCGAAAGACAGAGCUGCGAGUGUGACAGGCAGGCGGCAGAGUGCUUCCAAAGGGCAGCCAGGACCUACCACAAGUUUUACAGCUAUUACCCCAACUUUCUGUGCAAAGGCUCAACUCCCUCCUGCUAG